AGUGAUUUAGGUCGGAUAGAGAGGAGCGAGAAGAGCGUGGAAAAGGAGGAAGAGCAAGCGAGAGUGUCUCCAGCCAAGAGGGAUUACCGGCACAUGACGGUACAACAGGCGCUACCCCAGCUAUAUGAGCUCUCCGGAGACCCGGGGUUUUUGAGCACAUUCAAGAAGAUGAAGGGAGACCAGGAUCGGUUGGAGCAGAAACUGUGGGACGAACGGGCAAUGCUUGUUCGGAAACAUGAAGAGAAGCUGAAAAAUGCUAGAGGAAAGGCUGCGCUCAUACGCGCGAGCGGGAGUUUGCUGCAGGAGGAGACGAAACUCAAGCAAGCCAUGGAAAUGGAGCUGACCGCAUUCUACGAACGUACUGUACUUCCUGAAUGGGAUGACCUUGUGGAGCGACAACAAGAUACGCUGGAGAAGUUGUAUGUCCCUACGAUGUUCAGGACAGGGGUUGAGACGGACCGUUCCCGGCAACAAAGAAUCGUUGAAAUGUUAGAAGGCAUUGUGGCCGAAGGAGACGGGGAGUGAUUAUGUCCAAUUACUAAUGUGUUUUAUGUGUAACCUGAUCCCCCAAGCAAUAUAUAC